AUGUUUACCAGUGCAGAUACCGCUGAAAUCGAAAGCCUAUUAGAUGAAUCAGAUCUUAAAUCUCCAGGAUUUCUCAAUGAUGAUGUUGUGAGGAGAAUGUGUGAAUAUAUCAGCCAUAACAAAAAUGGCUCCAAUUCAGUUAACCUUAAAAUAAAAUGCAUCCAGUUUGUUAGUUAUUGUGUCCUUGGUGAUAUCGUAACAAAAGAAAUAAGUGAUUUAAGCGCAACAACUGUUGAUUCGGUAUUAUCAAAAAAUAUUGAUGAUAAAGAUAUUAUCAUGGAUGGAUUAAUUGCAAACAUUCAAAAUUUAUUAUAUAAACCUUCAAAUAGCUUUGCAAAUGUGCGGUCAAAGAGCUUAGGAAGUGGAUUAAAUCCAAAACUAGGAUUCAAUCGAACAGAUGAAACUAAUUUAGAACAAUGGAAACUUAAUGGGGGUCUUUAUUCAAUACCUUUGCUACAUGUUAUACUGCGACAUUUAGAUAGAAAGCAUUUUAGUUCAAAUAUAUGGUGGAUAACGCCUGCAAUCUUAAACCUUCUAGAUGAUACAAGUGACCUACAUAAAAUCAAAUUAAAAGGCGUCAAAGCUUUACAAACUUUAUUAAAAUAUCCAUUUUGUAGCUUGCCAAAUGGCAAAGAAUCACAAUGGAUUAGUUUUGAACAAACUGGCCUUUUUGGCAUAUUUGAGCCAAUAUUAGUGAAUAUGACAUAUUUCUUGCCACCGUCCUACCCUGCAAAAGAAACCUGUAUAAUUUAUGAAUCUAUUUUCCCUGCUUUGAUUUUAUUAUAUAAGAGACAGUAUGAAAACAAUGAAGUUCAAUAUAAAACCUGUUUACAGAAGUUGUUAUCAGAUAAUAUAUUAACGAAUAUCUUUCCCAGAAUAGUGUCUGAGCAUGAAUCAUUAACUUUAACCACCAUCAAGUUUACAAAUCAGUUAAUAAAUGAACUAAAGGAAAACAUAACGAUUUUAUUAUCGAGAUUUAUUUUUGUACUUGGCGAAUACUUUGUUAAGAAUCCAUUUUUCACAACUUCGAUAGCAAUUGUAGAAGAAACGAUAAAGUUAAUAUCUCUAUUAAUUAAUUUUGCACCUAUUGAAAGAUUAAACUGUCAUAAGUACGACUUCACUGCCUUAUUAAUAAUAAUCUAUGAGAAAAAUGAUUUGGAAGGAACUUUGGAUUCAGAUCUGUUAGACAAAUUGAAAACAACUUGGGAUUCACUUAUAGACAAAAAAUGUGGACUAGAUAAGAAUGAGAUGGAACAAUUAUUGAAAUCGAGAAAUAAUCUUGAGCAACUAUUAAACUAA